UGUUCUCAGACAUUUACAGAGUGGUGGGCGAUUGGUCAAGAAAUAUGAUUUAUGCUUUUGUUUUGUGCUCGAUGUGCUUGUGGUGUCUGGUUGAUGUGACAGAUGAAGUGAAGACAGUAUCAGUGAUGGAGGGAGAUUCUGUCACUCUAAACACUGAUGUUAGUGAAAUGCAGAAAUAUUUACUAAUACAGUGGAUGUUCAGAAACACUCGAAUAGCUGAAAUCAACAGACUCGCUCAAACUAACUCAACAUUUGAUGUUGAUGGGAGAUUCGGAGACAGAAUAACGCUGGACCAAACUGGAUCUCUGACCAUCAGAAACACCAGAACCACAGACUCUGGACUUUAUCAACUAUCAGUUGUCAUCAGAGAAACCAACUACAUAAAUUUCAAUGUUACAGUCUAUGCACACAGUUCUUCUUCACCAGAAAGAUCAAAUUCAAGCUCAAAUUAUGUGUCGUCCAACUUCAUGGUGAACAAUUCACCUGUCAACCAGACUGAGGAUGCCAACAUUACUGAGCUCUAUCAGCCAAGUUCAGACUGCAUUCGCUGUUGUGGUUUUACUGAAGCUGUGGUCCGAUUGGUCGCCUCUGCUGUGGUGGGCAUGGCUGUUGUUGCUGUGCUGGUUUAUGACAUCAGAUCCACAAGAAGUCAGCUGAACAGGACGGAAGAGACCAAAUAUCAGACCAGCGGAGAAAAAUCAGACCAACAACAUGAACUGAGCAGAAGGUUUACUUCAAGAAAUGUUUGCUGAAGGUUACUGGUAAAAUCCCCAAAAUAAUAAUAAAAAUGCAUUAUACUAAUUUUCUGUACUUGCACAGCUGUAUAUUAUUUUUUUAACAAAUUAUGUUUAAUUUAUUGA